UUUUUUCUGAUUGCCUUUUUUUUUCUUUCUGCUUCCUUUUUCUUUCCUCGCAUUGCCAUCUACAGCCAGGCUAUAUAAGAGAUUUGGUAAGUUCUCCAUAUUUAAAAAAGAAAAGGAAAGAAAAUAAAUACAUAAAAUAUUUAAAGCCCUAGCUACAGUUCCCCCACCCCACCCCACCCCCCCACCCCAUCGCCUUCAUGGAUUUCCACUCUUUGUGGGAGUAGUCAUCCCAAUGUGAGUAUAAUUUAAAAGUUAACUUUCCUAAUGAUACCUUUAGAAAUUAAAAAAAUCUUUAUGGUGGUUUCAAGUAUUAAAGGUGCUAAUAAAUAGUCCACUACGAAUUUAUAUUGCAGGUACUCAUUCUGAUAUUGUGUUUUGGUGCUAAAUUUAAAACCUGUCAUGUACAGGAUUAGAACAUAUCAUUUUAUAAAAGCAAAAUAUGUGUGUCUCCUUGGAAUAUGUUUUGGGAGUGGCAGUUAUUACUCCUGAAAGUACUUUUUGUUUCUGGAUAUAUGGAAACUGAAAUCAAAAAGAAAUACAUCAAGGUUUAUUUUGAAGAGUCAUUAUUUAACUAAAAUUCCUAAAUGUGGCUUCAGAAAUUUCCUAAUUCCAACUCUUAGAGGUAAUUGUGGGGUGGGGCACAGUUGGUUACUUUUGUUUUGCUCCUGCAAUGAAAGAAUAUUGUCUGAUGGUAAAGGUGAUGUUUAAUCAUGUUUAGAUAACAGCAAGAAUCUUGGAGGCCCACCAGAAUGUAGCUCAGAUGAGUCUAAUUGAAGCCAAGAUGAGAUUUAUUCAAGCAUGGCAGUCAUUACCAGAAUUUGGCAUCACACACUUUAUUGCAAGGUUCCAAGGAGGAAAAAAAGAAGAACUUAUUGGAAUUGCAUAUAACAGACUGAUUAGGAUGGAUGCCAGCACAGGAGAUGCAAUCAAAACAUGGCGUUUCAGUAACAUGAAACAGUGGAAUGUGAACUGGGAAAUAAAAAUGGUCACGGUAGAGUUUGCAGAUGAAGUACGAUUGUCCUUCAUAUGUACCGAAGUAGAUUGCAAAGUGGUUCAUGAAUUCAUUGGUGGCUACAUAUUUCUCUCAACGCGUGCGAAAGACCAAAAUGAGAGUUUAGAUGAAGAGAUGUUCUACAAACUUACCAGUGGCUGGGUGUGAAUAGAAAUGUUGUGUAAUGAAACUCCAUGGCCAUAACAAUAUUUAACUUUGAAAGCUGUUGUUUGUUAUAUGCUGCUUAAUAAAGUAAGCUUGAAAUUUAUCAUUUUAUCAUGAAAACUUUUUUGCCUUACCAGACCAGUUAAUAUGUGCACUAACAAGCACGACUAUUAAUCUGCUAUCAUGAUACAAUAUAUGGACAUGAAUAUGGCACACAUUCCUUAGGGCCAGGAAUUGAAAAGGAAAGUAGUGGGCAAGUCAGGAACAAAACAUCACUGAUUUAAGCUAGCCAAACUAAGAAACUCAAGCCAUCUACUUUAAAGCUAUCCAGGGCUUAAACUAUAUGAAGUCUAUUUAUCAUGUUUAAUGCAUGUGUUUUAAUGUAUGUUUAAUUUGAUCAUGUGUUUUAAAAAUGCCUACUUUCUGGUAGCUAUUGAUUCCCCAUCCCUCACUCCCAUCCCCAAAUAAAUCAGGCCUGUGGAAGAUGCCUGAUAUUCAAUAAUGUUAUUGUUUGACCUUGAAGGAAAAUGCUAUCGGUCCCUUAUGCUUGGUUUGUUUUUGUCCUUGAAUAAGCAUGUAUGUAUAUUGUCUUGUGUUUUGACUUUCACACCCUGUUGUAUUACAACACUUUUAGUAUUCACCAGCAUAUUCACUGUCUGCCUAAAAUAAUGCAACUUUUGCAUUACAAUAUGAAGUAAAGGUCUAUGAAGUAUGCAUUUUGUGUAACUAAUGUACAAACACAAAUUUUAUAAAUUGUACAGUUUUUUAAAAAAACUCACAACUAGCAAAUGUCUUAGAUGUAGCAUCUUUGCAUUAAUUAAAUGCUUUUAAAAAUAUAAUUAAUGUGCAGUUUUCAUAUCUGCUAAAUUAAGAAUGACUUCAUUAUAGUCAUGAUUUGCCACAAUGUCCUUAACUCUAAUGCCUGGACUGGCCAUGUUCUUGUCUUUUGCGCUGUUACAGUCGGCAUUGGUGCUAUAGUCAAAAUUCCUAGGUCACAUAACCCAAGAGGGGGCUGGGAGGGGUGGAUUACCAGUAUUGUCCAAUAAUCCAUGGUUUAAAGACUGUAUAAAUGCAUUUUAUUUUAAAUAAAAGCAAAAUCUUUUA